CCACGAAGACGCCAAAACAAGAUGGCGUUUGACGGAUAUUAUGGUUAUUAUCGUUCUUAACUAGUACAUGUUCACAUAUAUGUGUGUCUUAACGGGUUGAACGUCGUUAAUAAUUGUUAGUAUGCGUAUACAUUAGUCUGAGCCCACGUGGACGCUGUUCGUGUUUCGCUAGUUAGCCUAGCUUGUUAGCUGCUAACAAAGUCGCGGGAAUUCGUUUUUAUCAUUCAGGGAAUUGAACUCAAGUCACUGGGGCUGAGAGGCGGAUAUGUAAUCCAUUCAGUCACGCUUGUUUGUGAUUGUGUGAAAAUGUGCGACAGCACUAUAGCAGAAUACGAGGAGGAACUUUGUCCAACAAAAGAGGAGAAGGAGCGACAACAUCAACUACUGGACGCUGUUUUCAAGAAACAUCAAGUUGUGUUACACAGAACAGAUGUCAAGCAGCUGCUUGGUCGCCAAGAAAACCCUUCCCCUCAGUCACCGGAGGGGAGCUCCACUUUGAAGCAGGAGGAUUCACAGCUCCCCCACAUUAAAGAGGAAGAGGAGGAAUGUCGGAUCACUCGGGAGGGAGAGUGUCUUCUAGGGCAGGAGGAGGAUGAUCUCACCAAGUUUCCACUGACUGUUGUCUCUGUGACGACUGAAGACCACGAGGACCAGCAGACAAAGUCCUCACAGCUUCAACACAGUCCAAGUGAGGAGAAGAGAGCUGUGGAACGUCCAAGCAGCAGCUCAACACAACACAUGACAACAGAAGCUGAUGGAGACCACUGUGGAGGAUCACAAGCAGACAAGCUCUUAGCUCCACUAUCAGAUAGUGAGGACACAACGUCACACGUUAAUGUAAAUAAGAAAUCACACAUACAAACACACACAGGAGUAAAACCCUUUGGUUGUUCAUUUUGUGAUAAAAGAUUUCCCGACCGAAGUAAAAUGCAAGCACACAUGGGAACGCACACAGGAAAAAAAACUUUUCCUUGUUCAGUUUGCGGCAAACACUUUCCCAACACAAGUAAAAUGCAAAGACAUUUGAGAACGCACACGGGAGAAAGACCUUUCAGUUGUUCAGUUUGCGCAAAAGACUUUGUUCGAAACUGUCAUUUGACUGAACACAUGCGGACGCACACAGGAGAAAAACCUUUCAUUUGCUCAAACUGCGGCAAACGGUUUUCUCAAAGCAGAAGGAUGCUGACACACAUGAGAACACACACGGGAGAAAAACCUUUCAUUUGCUCAAACUGCGGCAAGAGGUUUUCCAAAAACUCCAAUUUGACUCAACACAUGAAAACGCACUCGGGAGAAAAACCUUUCAAUUGUUCAGUUUGCGGGAAAAGAUUCUCCAACAAAAGAUACAUGCAAUCGCACAUGCAAAUGCACACAGGAGAAAAACCUUUUUGUUGUUCGGUGUGUGGUAAAACGUUCUCUGACAAACGUAAUAUGCGUAAACACUUGAGAACACACACGGGAGAAAAACCCUUCGGUUGUGUAUUGUGCGGUAAAAGAUUCUCGGACAAAAGUAAUAUGCAAGCGCACAUGAGAAUACACACCAAAACAAAGACUUUUGGAAGUCCUCUCUGAAUGGACUCCUGAUGAUGUUUGUGAUGAAGGUGGUUGAUCCAUCUGUUAACGACCGCUUUUGUGACCAACUUUUCCUUUGGGUCGCUGAAAGGUGAAAGUGGAUUUUUGAAGCUUGUAUGUACAAAGAUGCCGGGAUUUAGACUGUUUUGUGUAUUAGAAACACUGGCUCCUUGGUAAAUAUGUAGAUAGUGUUGCGUUUUGGACCAGUUGUUCCUCCCAGGGAAUUCAAGUCACAAUUCGCUCUCAAGUUCUUUCCGACACUUAAAGCUGAGUUGAAAAACCACCAGAGACAGAAUAGGUAUUUUGUUGUAUAUAUUCUCAAAGCUUUGACAAUAUACAUUUUAGAUUGAGACCCUAACCCUAGAACCUUCUAUCCCGCACACCCAAAAUGGUCUCCCUUCCCAACGCCAAAAACCUCUCUUCCCUUCCACCUCCCUAGCCAUAACAAAAGCACAACGUCUCCCUAGCCAUAAUACAUUCCUAAGAACUCAAGGUUAACACACAGAGUUUGCUUGCUGACAGAGCAUCAAGAGAAGAAGUGGAAAAGACGAGCUGUUUUCAAAUAUGACAAAGAAACGGACGAAGUACAACUUAAAUUUGGAUAUAUGUAAAUAUCUGCCUCCGACAAUAGAUAGAUAGAUAGUACUUUAUUGAUUCCUUCAGGAGAGUUCCCUCAGGAAAAUGACAAUUCCAGCAGCAGUGCACAGAAUGGAGAUAUAAUUUCAAAAGUAAAUAAUAAAUAAUGGGGGUGUAUAUUAUUGUUUUGCAUCGCCUGUCAUCCUAGCAGUCUUGCACUGAACAGGCUCCUCUGGCUACUGAUAACGGUAUACACAGAGUGACUGGCAUCAUCCACGAUGCUCACUAGUUUUCCCACAAUCAUGUGGCAGUAAAGACAAUGUGGCGUAUAACUAAGUGUUUAAUAAAGUGGUCAAACAAAGUUACAUACAGCAAUCCAAAUGUUGUCCUCCUAUUUCCUCACUUGCGCAGGUGAAUGCACAUCCAAUGGAUACUUUCUGUAAAGAUAUAACACAGCCACACGUGACCAGCACCUCCCUUUAACCCUGCAAACAGACCCACUCACACACUGAUCCUCAAAAUCUUUACCCUGUUUCUCACACCUCAAUAAUUACUACGCAAAUGGGAGAGCGUUUAGUAUGUUUUCCUGUUUAACAAAUAACUGUCCAUGGAAAGUGAAGGUCAUUUAAAUAUUUAUUUGAAAUCUAGAAUAAGUAAAAAAAAAAAAAUUAUAAAGCGCUUUUCACAGAUAAAAUCACAAAGCGCUGUACAAAACAGAGGUGAAGUAAAACAAUUCAAUUAAAAUUAAAGCUGCAAGCAGCGUUGGUCGGGCCCGCGUAUUUGGCAGGUGCUAGUCCUAAGUGUCCCAAUACUUUUGUCCAGUUUUAGUCCCAAGUGUCCCAAUACUUUUGGCAAGUUGUAGUCCUAAGUGUCCCAAUACUUUUGUCAAGUUGUA